AUGAGAGAUUAUCAUUACUUUGGAGAUUUGUUGGUUUUUGAUACAACUUAUAGAACUAAUAAAUAUGGAAUGAUAUGUGCUCCAUUUGUUGGGAUGAACCAUCAUGGUAACAAUGUCAUGUUUGCGGGUAUAAGAAACAUUUUUCCUUCAACUGUUCAUCAUCGUUUAUGUGUAUGGCAUCUUGAACAAAAUUCUAAGAAACACAUUGGAGCAUUGAGAGCUUUGGAAGACUUUACAGAUUUGUUUGGAUAUCUUUUGAAGUAUUGUGAAACUCCUGCUGAAUUUGAGUAUUUCUGGAAAAGGAAAUGUGGUGUCCUGCUUAUUCUAAGAAGUAUUGGUUUGGUGGUAUAUUGUCCUCUCAACGUAGUGAAACUACCUAAUAAGUCAGUUUCACAACGUCUUAAUAAGACUCAAGGUUUAUGUGAUUUUUAUCAUGUUUUUCUUGAUGUCGUUUCUGAGUGGAGAAGUAAGGAAGGUGGAAGAGAUUACAAUACUUUGAGGGGUAAUAGGCACCUAGCUUUUGCUAAUAUUGGUAUAUUAGUUCAUGCAAGGUCAUUGUACACUAUUCAAGUUUAUGUGCUUUUUGAAGAGGAGUUCAUUAGGGGGACAACUUAUGAUCAUGUUGAUAAUGGUUUGCGUUUUCCAGAAUAUUCAUAUCUUCGUUGGAGGCCUGAGAAGGAUAUAAUCAAGCAUGAAGUUGUUUUUAAUAAGGAAACACAUGCAGUUUAUUGCACAUGCAUGUACUUUAGUGAGACUGGUUUACUUUGUUCUCAUUCUCUUCGAGUAUAUCAUUUGCAUUGUGAGCGUAAUAUUCCACAAGAGUAUAUAAUGAAACAAUGGACAAAGGCUUCCAUGUGUAGUCAUGGUAUUGAAGAACCUACUUUGAGGACAAAUGUUGUGGCUACUAGUGUUUGGAGGUCACAAACAAUCAGAAAGUUCGUGAAGUUGAUAACAAGUUGUCAGAAUUCUUUGAAUGCAAGGGCAGAGGUUGAGUGUUAUUUCAAUCUGUUAAAAGAAAAGGGUGAGAGCGUAUCAGGUGUAAUUGACUUUAGUGAACCUAUUAAAGAGGUUGAAAUUGUUGAUCUUGAGAUCAAGAAUCCUCCAAAAGCUAGGCCUAAAGGUGAGAGGAAUGUAAGGCCUAAGAGUAUCUUAGAGAAGCAGUGCAACAAGGCAAAGGGUAAUUUCAAGAGGAAAAAGUCUAUGUACACUCCUUACAAAAGGGGUAUAGGGAAAGCAGUUGUACAGGAACUUGAUGAGAACGGUUGUGUUAUUACUUAUGCUAAUUCUAUUAGUGAUCCCACUGAAUGUAUUGUUUUGAGCAAUAAACGGGCUCAGGUUGGCUUUAAAUCAGCUAUUGUAGAAGAAAUUCCUUCUAGUUCUAAGGAAUCAGAUCAUAGUAUUUCCAAUGAUUUUGAUCAGGCUACUGGUGAAAGAUCUCUUUCAUCCAGCAUACCUAUUGAUGCGAAGGAUUUAAAUCUUGAAGGUGUUUCUACUAUUCAAGCUCGUUCUAAUGUUGGUGCAAAUAAAGGUGCUUCUAGUGUUUAA